AUGAAUAUGCUUUCAUUGAGCAAUAGUACAAUUAUCAGUAUUGAUGACGUUAUAAAUGCUAAUAUAAGUACUACCAAACAAGGAAAUGUCAAUAUCACAGAAAACAGUAAAGUGCUCAAUAUAAUGCCCCUUCAAGUAAGUGUUCAGAUGACUGUCCCUAAAAUACGUGCGAACAAUACAAGUAGAAAUUCUAGUACUGGAAAAGUGACAAUUGGUCCUCUUAAAUCCAGCACAAAAGCCAUCAGUACUACGAGCGACAAUAAAGACUCCCCAGUUCCAGUGAAACAACUUGAAUCUUUGGUAUCCAAAGGCUUAGUCUUGACUGAGGCAGUGAAAUCUCUCGCCAAUAAUAAACUUCCAGUCUCACAGUGCCCAACGAGCCAAAUCACAGCGCUCAUUCGAGACCUAACAAACAACCAGAACAGUCUUAAGACCUUGGAUAAACUAUCGUUAGGUCAAACGAAACUAAGCAAAAUCAAAAAAAGCAUUCUGGAUACUCUGGAGAAACUUCGUUCAUAUUGCAUUCAGUUCACUGGCAAUAAUUUUUGCUCAAAUAACGAGAAAAGCACUUCUUUCACCGCAGUUCCUGUUUUAAAUAACACGACUUUUGUGACCAAUCACACAACCAUUCCAAGAAAUUAUUCAAGCAUCAAUGCAGUGACAUCUAAUAAAAUAUCUACAAGUAGUCUUUUGAAUAACAGUGCAGUUAAUAAUACUGAUAACAAUAUUAACAACAGUUCAGGUAAGGGAAGCAUUAACAGCACAAUUGGUAGUGGUAACAUCACUGAUAAUAGUGUUGUUAAUAACACCUCUGGUAACAAUGCCAUUAAUAACACAGCAAACUCGAAUAUGAACAGUUCAGCUGCAGGAAGCAUUAACAGCACAAUGGGCAAUAGUAACACCACUGGUAACAGUGCUAUUAAUAACACAGCAAACGUUAUUUUUAACAGCACAAUGGGCAGUGGUAACACCACUGGUAACAGUGCUAUUAAUAAUACAGCAAACGUUAUUUUUAACAACACAAUGGGCAGUGGUAACACCUCUGGUAACAGUGCUAUUAAUAACACAGCAAACGGUAUUUUUAACAACACAAUGGGCAGUGGUAACACCACUGGUAACAGUGCUAUUAAUAGCACAGCAAACGUUAUUUUUAACAACACAAUGGGCAUUGGUAAUACCACUGGUAACAGUGCUAUUAAUAACACAGCAAACGUUAUUUUUAACAACACAAUGGCCAUUGGUAAUACCACUACUAACAGUGCGAUUAAUAACACAGCAAACGUUAUUAGGAACAGUUCAGCCGCAGGGAGCAUUAACAACACAAUGAGCAGUGGUAAUACCACUGGUAACAGUACUAUUAAUAACACAGCAAACGUUAUUGGGAACAGUUCAGCUGCAGGGAACAUUGGCAAAACAAUGGGCAAUGGUAACACCACUGGUAACAGUGUUAUUAAUAACACAGCAAACGUUAUUUUUAACAGCACAAUGGGCAUUGGUAAUACCACUAGUAACAGUGCUAUUAAUAACACAGCAAACGUUAUUGGGAACAGUUCAGCUGCAGGGAGCAUUAACAGCACAACUGGCAGUGGUAAUAUCACUGGUAAUAAUUAA